GAUUUAAUUUCAAACUAGUAAAACCCUCGGUCAAGGGCCUGUAAGCCAAACUAUUGAGCUUCCUGGCUGCCAUGGGAUUAGGGUUCUCUAUAUUCUUACAAUCAAAAUUUAUAUUUUCAGCAUUUGCUGUCUUCUUCAAUGGACAAAACUGUGAGGCUUUGGCACUUGUCUAGCAAGUCUUGUUUGAAGGUAUUUUCACACAGUGAUUAUGUAACUUGCAUCCAGUUUAAUCCAGUUGAUGAUAGAUACUUCAUCAGUGGAUCUUUAGAUGCAAAGGUUCGCUUAUGGAGCAUUCCUGAUCGUCAAGUUGUUGAUUGGAGUGAUCUGCAUGAGAUGGUCACUGCUGCUUGCUAUACUCCAGAUGGUCAGGGUGCACUGGUUGGUUCAUACGAGGGGAGGUGUCGGUUAUAUAACACAUCUGAAAAUAAGAUGCAACAGAAAGGUCAAAUCAAUUUGCAAAGUAAGAAGAAGAAAUCUCAUCACAAGAAAAUCACUGGUUUCCAGUUUGCACCAGGAAGUUCAUCAGAAGUGUUUGUAACAUCUGCUGAUUCACGAAUACGUGUCAUUGAUGGUGUUGAUCUCGUUCACAAGUUUAAGGGGUUUCGCAACACAAACAGUCAAAUCUCUGCGUCCCUGACAGCAAAUGGAAAAUAUGUGCUCUGUGCCAGUGAAGAUUCUCACGUCUACGUUUGGAAACAUGAAGGUGAUUCCCGAACAAGCAGAAACAAAGGUGUUACUGUUACACAUUCAUGUGAGAAUUUCCACUGUCGAGAUGUGUCAGUGGCCAUCCCGUGGCCUGGCAUGUGCGACUCAUGGGGAUGCCAAGAGACUUGUUCUGGAGAACAGAAUCCUUAUGGGGAUCAUUUGGAUGAGGUAUCCACAGCCAAUCAUCCGCCUUCACCAGUUGAAGACUUUAACGGUAAUGAGAAAUCACCAUUGUCAUCUGGAUAUUCUGUUAGUCCAUUUCAUGGCACCAUUUCUAGUGCAAGCAACAGUUACUUCUUUGAUAGAAUCUCGGCAACAUGGCCAGAGGAAAAACUUCUUAUGGCCACCAAGGUCAGAAGUCCUCGCGUCAGUGUCGACAUGUCCGAUGGGUUGAACCAAAGUAGGUCUGCCUGGGGCAUGGUGAUUGUAACUGCUAGCCUUAGAGGCGAAAUCAGAACUUUCCAGAAUUUUGGACUGCCAGUUCGGACUUGAAAAAAAAAUUAAGGCUGGAGCUUGUUGAUUUAA